GUUGAUGUUAACAAUAUGGCAGCGUUUUUACAGUGGAGAAAAUUCGUCUUCUUUGAUAAAGACACCGUGAAAGACCCCGCAGAUAGCGGGAAAACCUUUACUCUCCCCAAAGGAAUAACGGCAAGUGACUCCGGCCGGAGCCAUGUUGUUCUCGGAGAUAUGGAGGGGAGAAUCUGGCUCCUGUCUCGCUCCCUGCAGCUCACCUCUUUUCAGGCCUACAAGCUGCGGGUGACCCACCUGUUCCAGCUGAAACAGCACAGCAUCCUGGUGUCAGUGGGGCAAGAUGAACCUGGAAUAAACCCUCUAGUAAAGGUCUGGAACCUUGAAAAGAGAGACAGUGGAAAUCCUCUCUGUACCAGGAUUUUCCCUGCCAUUCCAGGCAACAAACCCACAGAAGUCUCUUGCCUGAGUGUCAAUGAGAACCUCAACUUCAUGGCCAUUGGCUUCACAGACGGCAGUGUGGUUCUGACCAAAGGUGACAUCACCAGAGAUCGUCACAGUAAAACUGUGAAUCUGCACGAGGGGAGCAGUCCAGUCACCGGCCUUGCCUUCAGACAAAUGGCCAAAAUGACACAUUUGUUUGUUGCCACUCUGGAGAAAGUUUUUUGCUACACCCUGUCCAACAAGGAAUAUCCUAAAUUAGAGCUCGGUAGCCAUGGCUGUGCGCUGCGCUGCUCGUCCCUGUCUGAUCCGUCCCAGGAUUCCCAGUUCGUCGUUGCUGGGAAUGAAUGUGUGUACCUGUACCAACCAGAUGAACGGGGGCCUUGCUUUGCUUUUGACGGUCUCAAGCUGUUGGCCCUCUGGCACCGUGGAUAUUUGUUCUUACUCACCAGAGACGUGAAGUCACCCAGCAAAACAGGGUUUGACAGCAGGGACAGCUCCCAAUCAGAGAAACAGCUUUUGACCGUCUACGACCUGGACAACAAGUUUAUCGCCUACAGCGCCACUUUUGACGAUGUGAUUGAUGUGGUGGCAGAGUGGGGCUCCUUCUACAUUCUGACCAGAGACGGACAAAUGUCUGUACUCCAGGAAAAAGACACGCAGACCAAACUCGAGAUGCUGUUCAAGAAGAACUUGUUUGUGAUGGCCAUAAACCUGGCUAAGAGCCAGCACCUGGACAGUGACGGACUCUCAGAGAUCUUCAGACAAUACGGAGAUCAUUUAUACCUAAAGGGGGACCAUGAUGGAGCCAUCCAGCAGUACAUCCGAAUUAUCAGGAAGGGCUGCGAUACAUUGGCCGUUUACCUUUUGAGCAAGCUGAGAGCAACAUGAAACGUUACGGUAAGACGCUCAUGCACCACGUUCCUGAAGGUACAACCAUGCUGCUUAAAGGCUUGUGCACCAACUACCAGCCCAGUGGAGACACUGCUGACAGAGACAGUUUGGACAGGAUUAAGGCAAAUUCUGAGGAAUUCAUUCCCAUUUUUGCCAAUAACCCCCGAGAACUGAAAGCCUUUCUGGACCACAUGAUCAACGUGGAUCCCCACUCUCCUCAGGGUGUGUACGACACACUGCUGGAGCUCCGGCUGCAGGACUGGGCACACGAGCAGGACCGUGAGAAAAAAACCAUCCUGCAAGAGGAAGCUCUGUCCCUGUUGAGAAGUGACAACACUGUGUUUGAUAAGGCCCUGGUUCUUUGUCAGAUGCACAAUUUUAAAGAAGGCAUCCUCUACCUUUAUGAGAAGGGCAAACUGUAUCAGCAGAUAAUGCAUUACCACAUGCAGAAUGAGGAGUAUGGGAAAGUAGUGCAGGCCUGCAAGCAGUAUGGAGAGCAGGAGGGCUGCCUCUGGGAGCAGGCCCUGGGAUACUUUGCAAGAAAGGAAGAGGACUGUAAGGCCUARAUCAGUGAGGUUCUGCGUCACAUUGAUCAGAAAAACCUGAUGCCUCCAUUACUUGUUGUGCAGACUCUAGCACACAACUCGACGGCCACUCUCUCGGUUAUCAAGGACUACCUCAUCAGUAAGAUGCAGAGAGAAAGCCAGCAGAUAGAGGAUGACGAACGUAAAAUCUGCCAGUACCGGGAGGAGACGGCUCAUGUCCGCUCUGAGAUCCAGGAGCUGAAAACCAGCGCCAAGAUCUUUCAGAAGACUAAAUGCAGCAUGUGCAACAGUCCCUUGGAGCUUCCAUCAGUUCACUUCCUGUGCAGCCACUCCUUCCACCAGCACUGCUUCGAAAGCUACUCAGAGAGCGAGGCCGAGUGUCCAACCUGCACGCCAGAAAACCGUAAAGUCAUCGAUAUGCUGCGUGCUCAAGACCAGAAACGUGACCUUCAUGAUCUUUUCAACCGACAGCUGCACAGCUCUAAUGACGGCUUCUCGGUUGUGGCGGACUACUUUGGUCGAGGAGUAUUUAACAAACUCACUUUGGUCACAGACCCUCCUGGUAACAAAGCUAUUGGGGGUCUGGAAGCCAACCUACAGCGAGACCUUCUUACCCAGAAGAAGAGAAACGGUUAGAAGUGUCAGAGACUGGUUCUGSUUUGUCGUUAGAUGACACUUAAUUUGACAGCUGCUAGUGUCUGUGGUGCGCCUUGUUGUGUAAAUGUUACAUUUGGCUGUGUAUAAAAUCAAUAUUAAAUAUCACAGUGUUAAACUAAUGAUUCAUGGAAUAAAUACAGUCAAUCCUAAUAAACUGAAUGAUUCAAAUAA